GUUCUCAACAAAACCUCAUCCAAGUAACCGGUUCAGACAGUGCGUAAAGAACAAGUUUCAAAAUGAGCCAGCCCAUUCCUACAAUGAACUCCGACUGGAUUAGUUUCAUCCUACUGAUUACUAACGCAUUAGCUUGCGACCAAAGGAACUGCGUAACGUUGUCGUUAUGCCCUCCUCUUCAAAGAUACGUCACAAAUCCGAUAACGAAUUAUACCCUUAGCAGUGUUGAAAGAUUAAUUUGCGGAGUUGACGAAGAAGUUCGAGUCUGCUGUGAUCAAAUGGCCAUCGCUAAUCUGGAGAAGGAAAGCAAACCUUUUUACAAGAAUACGAAGACCUGCGGAAGUCAGGAUCCUAUCUACGAGUUCCCGUGGAUGGUCGGUUUUGUGGCUUAUGGGUGGUCGCUGUGUAGCGGUGCUCUUUUGAAUGAACGUUAUGUGUUAACCUCGGCAAGUUGCAUAUCGCAGAAGGAAAGCCUAAAUCUAUUUACUAUUCUGCUGGGGGAUUUAAACCUUAAGAACAAUUCUUGUAAUCAAACAAACAGCGCGUCUGAAGAAUGCUUACAGGUGAAAUCAUUAUCAAUCGAAGAGGCGAUUCCUCAUCCACUGUUUAACGGAACCUUCAACAAUGUGGGGUUGAUUCGCUUAAAUGAGAGUGUCGUGUUCACAGAGUACAUCCAACCCAUUUGCCUACCAAACGCUACAUCCAAUUGGACCGCAGUUAAUUCAAUGUACACCUCCGGAUUUAUAAUUCACUUUGACCCAAAAACCGAAAGGGAGAAAUUCAAGAGAAAUACAACAAUAAUCCUAAAAUCCCUCGACACGUGCAAAGAAUGGUAUAAACGUCUUGGGCACACAAUAACGUUAAAUGAACUCAACUUCUGCUCCAUUGACAAGGAUGAGACGCCGCUGGCAUUCGUCAAUACAUUCGUCGACCAUGGGGCACCAGUCGUCACUUUUCAUAACAAUCAGUGGUAUGCUGAAGGAAUAGUUUCUUUGGCUGUGGAUGUUGCUGAUCGACAACGGCCGAUAGUGCACACCAAUGUUAGCUAUUAUUUGGAUUGGAUACAUAGUAAUAUGAAAGAUUAGGAAUAAGUGGCACAGGAUGGCUGAAGAUGUAAUCCAAUUUCGCGUUGAAUCAAAAAAAGAACUGAAAUAAAUUCAGCGUCAAAUUUGAAGUGUUUAUCGGGAACGAACCUCAAUACACUCGUCACACGAACCUGUCAAUUUAUUUCAAAUUCUGAAUAAAAUUAAAAAUUAAACGUCUGUAAGAGUUACGUGGUAGGUAUAUUCACAAUUAAAUGUCCAUUGCUAACUAUGACGCUGAACUUUAUGCUUGAUAUAUUAUUGC